AUGUCGGGAAACUACCGAGUCGGUAAGCCGGACAAGACGAAUCCACCCACGAGCCGGGCCAUCACGCUAAAAGAUAAUUAUCACGUGCAGAGAUCGCUACCACGGGCCGCGCUGGGUGCCAAGCUACCGAGUGCAAGAAGGAAGGCGUCAAGAUUCUCAAGGGUGAGCUUCGUCAAGGGGUCACGGUAGUCAUCAAGGAGAACACGUCUCUCAAAUACCGCCAUUGGUACGCACUGCGUCUCAUGAGGAACACCUCCUGACCCUUCUUCUGACUUCCAUCAGGGGCUGCGUCACGCCAACCGUCCUCGCCAACUGGAAGGAGAAGUCCGAAGGAGAUCCCGAGCUGAUCGAUGGCCUCGACGAGCUUCCGCAAGACGCCCAGGACAAGGUCAUGCGCGCCAUCGAGCAGGGCCACGUCGACGACGAGGACUGGAGGGGAGUAAGUCUGUCCCGCACACCCCAGCAUAAUCCCGACUUCCCUACCUUUCGCUCCAUUUGCCCGCCUCAGCGUACCACCUGCUCUGCUUGCUGACUUUCUUCCAGGACCCACAGAUGAAUCGACCUGGCAUGGGCUCGGGCAUGCACAUGACGAAGAAGAUCAAGAAGCAGUUGGGAAUCGUAAGGCUCGUUGCGCUCUCCAUUCCGCGUUUACGCUAACCCUCUGCCAAAGGAGGACGAUGACGAUGACGACGCGGAGAAGAAGAAGCCCGCCAAGAAGCGAGGCCGCAAGGAGGCCGACGGCGACGACGACGACGAUGAGGCCGAAGCGAAGCCCGCCAAGAAGGCCCGCGGCAAGAAGGCAACCACAGCCGACGAUGCUGACGAAGAGGCCGAGGAGAAGCCAGCUAAGAAGUCCAAGGCAAAGAAGUCGAAAGCAAAGAACGAGGAUGUCGACGAGCCCGAGGACGAACCGGCUCCAGCUGCAAAGAAAGCCGCCAAGAGCAAGAAGGCCAAGCCUGCACCCAAGGCCGACGACAGUGACGACGAGCCCAUUGCGCCGGCAAAGACUGCUCCUAAGAAGAGGGCGGCAAAGAAGGACGCAUCUCAGGCGAAGCCGCAGAAGCGAGGUACGAAGCUGCGAAAAGACCCCGUUUUCAUUGCACUCCAUUACCCAGCUGCACUCAAUCAUCUCGUCUUGCCUUGUCAUGUCUGAAACGAGAGCUGACCUUUUGUAUAACAGGCAAAGCAAAGAAGGCCGCCGUCGAAGAUGCCGAGGAAGAAUGA